GGCAUCAAGUAGUUAGCGUCGUCGGAUAAGCCAGGACCCGCCAAUCAAAUUGGGUGAUCUGUGUGAGACCACAAAAUUGUUUGCAUAAGUAACAAAGGCAUACCUCACAACUCUAUGUUCAUUGUCCUCUCUGAAAGUGUCCAUGGACAAACAUAGUUCCUUCUUUGCUCGUGCAAAAGACCAAGGACUCGUAUGGGAUGGAAUCGCUUUCGCCCCUAUUGCUGGACUCGGUAACGGUGUCAAAGCAACCCGGCCACUGAAGACUGGAGAUGUGGUAUUAACGGUCCCGGCGUCGACCUUCCGUACACUUUCAACAUUAUCACCUCGAGUAGUCGAAGCUCUCCCCGAUCAUAUGUCACUGCACGGCCGUCUAGCUGCCGAUCUCUCCCUCGACAAUACCCCUGAAUUCGCACAAUGGAGUGCCUUGUUUCCCAGUAUAUCCGACCUUGAAACAGCCCUUCCCUUCUUCUGGCCCAAAGCCAUUCAGGAGCUGCUCCCAGCACCAGCCAAGGCCUCCUUGGAAGCGCAGACAAAGCGCCUCAACAGAGACAAAACACAAGUCGUUCGUGAGCUGCCGGAUAUACCACCGUCUACCUUCACGUACUACUGGAUGGUAGUCAACUCCCGCUCCUUCUACCUCCCCACGCCCGAGAUGCAAGCCCUGGACUUCAUAGACCGCCUUGUGCUCAUGCCAGUUGCCGACCUGUUCAACCACGCCGAUGCCGGCUGCCGCACGACCUUUUCGCCCGAUGGCUACCAGUUCGCCGCUGAUCGGGAUUACGCCGAGGGCGAGGAAGUCAAGAUUUGCUAUGGAGACCACACGAACGAUUUUCUCUUGGUCGAGUACGGCUUUGUGCAACGGUUCAGUCGGUGGGAUAAGGUGUUUCUAGACGACGUCAUCCUACCGAAGCUUGAUGUACACCGCAAGACGGUAUUGAACCGCCGGAAGCUGCUUGGUAGUUACGAGAUCGGACCAGAGAUGCUUGGGUGCCCCCGGACACAAGCGGUGCUGCGACUAUUGUUCUGUGGGAGAGGACAAUGGGAGAAAUUCGUAAGGGGAAACAGCGAUGGUAAGGAGAGCCAGGCCGACGCUAAUGCGUUGCUGGAGACUCUUUUGGCCGAGUAUGAGGAGCUUGUGAAUCAGCGUAUCGAAACGAUCGCAGGGGUUCAUGAUGGCUUAGAGGCUCAAAGACGUGUUCUCAUGGAUAGAUGGAAACAGAUCGAAUUGGUUGUGUCACUCACUAGAGAAGCGCUAAGGGCGAAGAUAUAGCCCAUGUAUACUCAACCUGCCCUUGCAUUCAUCAGGAUUUGGAAGACCCUACUCGUACUUAACUGCUCAUGACCGUUAGCGUAUUACUGUCACAGAUGGU